CAGCGAAACGCAUUUCCGUCACGUAUAUGGCGGCGAUCUCAAAUAAUAACAAGUGGGAGAGUUUAAUUCUCAGUUCACAGCAUGUCUAAGAGGAAGACAGGGAAGGUUGUUGUGAACCCAUUCAAAAACAGAAAUAUUGGAAGGAGAACAGGUAGAGAUGUAAAGGCAGGAAAAGCAGUUCGCAAGACAUCUGGAGGAUUUGAGAACUUUGAUGAUUACUGGUCUGAAUCAGAAGCUGAAGUGACAAGGGAAGGGACCUUUCUGAAGCCUAAUGAUCCUGGGAUAAAGCAGGCAGACAGCAGUUCCACUAAACUUCAGGCAGUGAACAGCAGUCAACAUUCUCAAGCAGAGAAAUUACCAGCUCUGCAAUCACAAAAUGUUGGUCCUCCCUCUCUUUCCCAGACUCAGCAGUCUGAGGCAAGUUAUCAUGCUCAUGUCAAGAUCACUAUCAAUCCCUUCAAGAAUCAGAAGAUUGGGAGGAGAACUGGGAGAGACGUCAAAGCUGGCAAGCACAUCAGAGUUCUGGAUGGAGGCUUUGAAAACUUUGAUGACUAUUGGUCCGAGUCAGAUGCAGAUAGCAUGGUGUCAUUUUCAAAUUCUGCUGCUCCCAAAAAGGCUGACAUGACAGAAUUGCAGGGUACUGGCAUGCUGGUUGAAGCCGAAACAACUUCAGAAAAUGAACCGUCAAGUGACAAAGAGAGCAAAGUCACCACUUCCAUUGAUGGGGAUUCUGCAGAGCAGUACACUGCAGAAGAACAUUCAGAAGAGAGUAUACAAAAAAAUUAUUUAGACAGAAGCAAUAAGAGUAGAAGUAUGCAACUUGAGGUUGCUGGUGAAGAUGAUGGAACUGGCGAUGAGGCCAUCCUGGCCCAAGAAGACAUAGGUUCUAAAAGAGACCUCCCAGGAAAGCUGAUCACUCAGCAGAAAUCCCCUCCACAAGAAAAGGUUCAACAGAGUUUAGAAAAGGUCAAAGGCAAGAGGAAAGUUUUGGAAGAAAAAAUGGUCAGCACAGGUUCUCAAGGUAAAAACGAAAAUGUUGGCUCCAGCAAACUGUUGGAGGUUCAGGGCACUGACACAGAGAGUCAUGACAAGUGUAGCUGCAGUGAAGCUGAAGAAAGCACAACAGCAGGUACAGACUGCCAGAUGUCUGAUGCAGAUGAUUUUCUCAUCCAGAAAAUCAAAAGGCAAACAGCUGCUUUGCAACAGGUGCUGGUGGCGGAUAGACCUUCACAAGAAGGUAUUCAUGGAACAUCUGAUAAGCAGACACAUAUAUGCAGACAGUCAGAACUAAACCCAGCAGAGGUUGUUCCAGAAUGUGUGACUAGAGAAAACUACUACAAAGGGGAGAUGCCUGAGAAGAACUGUGUUGAAAAAUCCGCAGGCAGAGCUAGUACUGUCCUCCGAGCAAAAGGUGCAACCCCCAAGGCCCUUUGUGGUGAACCUGGAAGAGGAGGUAAUAAAAUAAACAUUGGAGAAAGUAAAAUGGACAAUACAACAUCUGGUAAUGCCAGUAAUGGCCAAACCGAGGAGGAGAACCAUACCUUACUGGCAGCCGAUGAUCUUUCUCAACUUAAAGACAAGUCAUGUGUGCUGCCAGAGGCUACAGCUGAGAAAUCCAAUGAGCAAAGUCAGAAUGUGGCCUCAGGUAUUGUGCAACAGUCAGGAAUUUCACAGCUGACUGCAAAUGCAAGCCCAUUGCCUGUGUCUCAGAAGUCAUCCAUUUAUCUGUCUAUUGCUGGAGAUGUGACAGGCUCCAUCACUCGGGCAGAUCAAAGUGAGGGUCUCACUCCUCAGCCACGUCUCUUUGACACUCGCAAAAGAUUGUCUUAUGGAGAGAGUCCAAAAAGCCAGAAGCCUGCCAGAGUCACACAAAAGCAGAGACAGACAGCACCAGUGGCAUCUCCCAUUGCUGAAGUCCCAGAGGAACGCAAAAAUGCAGACAAAGCAAUAGACAACCUAGAUUCUGAAGAAGUUAGUCAAUCACCCCAGAGUCCAGUUUCUGAAGCUGGCAUGUUUGUCUCCCUUGCAAGCCAGAACCUUGCUAAGACUUCCAAAGUUUUUUCAGAUGAAGAAGAUGACUUUGAUAUUUUGGAUGUCAGCCAGGUGUACAGUAGAAGGACAAGCAAAGCCAGGAGCAAACCAAGGCAGAAAGACAAGUGUGCACCAAAGAUUUGCCAAGAAAAAACAAGCAGUCAAAAUGUUUUGACCAAGGAAACGACAAAAGUGACAGCAGAGAAACCUCAGAAAGAAUUAGCUGCUGGUGGUAACAGAAGUCUCAGGAAACCAAAGGCCCAAAAAGAGAGAAAACAGACAGAAAUGCUAGCCGGAGCAGAUAGAAAAGCACAGUUGAUUAGCCAGGUGUCUCUGGUAGACCAAAAGACUGAGAAAGGAGGAGGUAGAUCAGAAAGGAAGGACAGAGAGAUGGCAGAAAGUAAGACAUCUUUGGAGGAGACUGAUUUAGAAGUUAAUUUGGAAGCUGUGGACACAAAGCCUAAAAUGCCAUUGCAGACUAGAGGGAGAGCCAGAUCAAAGUCUGUCAGUGCUCAAAGACACACAAAAAAAUUGUUGGCAAAGAGUGUUUCUUCUGAAAGAAAAGCAAGAACCAAACGGCAAGAGGCAGAGUUGCAAGAAGAUUGCCUAGAACAGGAACCUGUAUCUAAUGUUGAAGAGACUGGCGAUGAAACUCUAGAAAGUUAUAGUGAUGAUCGUGGAAAUGCUGCCCAGAGAGCUGGGACACAGUCAGAAAAUCAGCCCAGGAAGCAGAAAAAGAAAACGAGUGAUGCAUAUGAUGAGAACACAAAGGAGGAAGCAACAGACAACAAUCAGCACAAAGUUUUGACAUCAUCCAAGACAACUGCCCAAAGAAAAAGGAGAAUGAAGCAUACUUCAGAAAACAGAGACCAUGAUGAAGCCUCUCAAGAGGAGACCAGCAAUGAUUUGGCUCUAUCCCCUGCAAAGCGAAGCAGUCCUGAGACCUAUUCUCAACCUGUUGUGGCCAAAAGUCAGGGCAAACAUCUUCAGACAAGUACUAUCCUUCGACGCAGCUCAGUUGGGAAAAAGAAACUGUAUGAUACCAGUAAGACAAACGUUCUGGACUUUAGCCAUGGCUCUGAAAGGAAUGCAGUUGUUACAAACGCUGAUAGUCUUUUCCAUACUGAUGCUGCAGAUUUGUGCAGACCUGUGGAGUCACCAUCAGAAACAAGUAAGAGACAGGUAAAUAAGAAGAAACAAUCAAAGAAAAAUUCAUACAGUAUGUCAGGAACAAUGUCUGACUUGCCCAAAAAGGGAAAAGUAGGUGAAAGUGGCACGGGGAAGUUGCUGGAAGGUCAUGUGAUGUCACAAGGAAGGGGAGCAAAGAACAAGAGACAGACUCCAACCUUGAAAAGAAAAUGCAGCUCUGAAUCGAGGUUAGACCUAGAAGAUGGUGGACAUAAAAAACAGUUUCACAAGAGAGGCAGGUCAAAUGCAAAUGAUUUAGCCAAGAAAACUUCGCCAGAUAAAGUGCAUGAGGAGCCAAGUAUGAUGAAGGCCAAUGAAAGUCAGAAUCUGCCAGACAAAGAGUUGGCAGCAUUUUCUAGCACUCCAGUCUCCCAUCUCCACAUCUUAGAUAUACCCGAGUCUGCAUUAAAAAGUGGUAUUUCCUUCCGACGCAUCAGCUACCUCCCGUCAGUAAGAACAAGAGGAAAGCACUCCAGGCGGAAGCUGGUUGCACACAGCGCGGAGGUUGAAGAUGAUAUUAUCUCAUCCCCUCACCUAGGCAAGUACACUGCAAAAAAGAGUUCAGAAGAAGAUACAGCGAAAGCAAAAUCUGUCACUUCAGGAAAUGACAACUGUCAGACGUUGACUCCAUGUUUGACAGCAGCCAAAAGCAAAAAUAAAAUGCGGCGUGUCACCAUCAGUAACACUGUAACGGAACAUCAGGUUUCAGGAUCAGAAAAUGAAGGCAUUACAACUGUACUUCCCAGCAUGUCUUCUUCUCCUGUACAUUACCAGCAGAUCACCUUUUCGUCUUCACCGCAGAAAUGUCGCUGGGAGGAAGAUAAAAUAAUUCCACCAGAGGAGAAUGUUGAAGGGCUGCGCAGGUCUCAGAGAACUCGAGUAAGGCCCCUUGAGUGGUACAAAAAUGAGCGCAUUGUCUAUGAAAGAAGGAAAUCAGGUGCAGUGAUUGUGGCUGUACAGCCGUCCAAUGAAAAGCUGUACCUGGAGCAGGAGAAUAGAAAGCGAAGACAACGCCGCCAGGCCAACUUGGUGCGUAGGAAGACUCAGUCUAGAAAAGGGAAUUGUCCCGGCGCUUGUCAAUCCACACAAAGAUUCCUGAUGAACUGGAAGUGACUAAAAGUACAGAAAUACCUGUCUUUCAUCCAGAGACACAAGAGGAAGUCCUAAUGGGUUGCUUCAACCCUGCUGAAAGUGGGGUGCUGUUGGGUCCCCAUGGUAAUGACCCUUCACCCAAAGACCCUUUCACAUUGAAGUUGAUUACACAACAGAAACUUUUCACAACAGGCGUGCUGACACUUGCACCACUGUCAGAAAAACCAUUGCAACGGACUAUCAGCACCGCUGUGAUUUAUGCCAUCAACUAUGGAAAAGUCAUUAUCACUAUCAACAGAGCCACCAGCAUUCUUCAGACAGGUGACCACUUUUUUGUGCCCAAAGGAUCAGUGUACAGUCUUCGAAAUCUUCGACAAGAUGAGGCCAUCCUGACUUUCACAAACCUUCUGCUGGAUACGGUCAACAACACAGGCAUAGUAACAAACAGUGAAUCACCUGCUUUUUAAAUCUUCACCUGUGCUUACAGGAAUUAAAUUCUUGGUUCCAUGGUCAGUUUAUUUUACUGGGAUGGCUGAAAACACCUGUUGCCACGUGCAUCUGUUGGUGACUGGGUUGCUGACCUUUGUGAGUAGUUGUCACACUGGUUAAAAAUAGGCCACCAGUUUUCUUUGUUAACAUAAGCUUGACUCUAUUUGUCAGUACAAAUGACUUCAUGAGAAAUUAAUGAUUACAUGACAUCUAGUAAGCACCUUUCAGAUUAUUUGUUAAAGUUUGCCCGUUUGCAGAUUGUUCACUGUUAGGGUGGUUAGCUAUAGCUCAAAUGGUGCUUAAAAUGGUGUUAAAUCAGUAUAAAGAAACAAGGUUUCUUAUUUCGGCGUGAAUCUCCACUUAUUUUGCCAUGAUGUAGCCUUAACUGCUAGCAUGGCGUAAAAUGCAAACAACCUACCAACCUUAACCUCCACAGCAAAAGCAAAGAAGGAAUUGUUAGCUUUUCACAUUCAAUGCAGGACAUUGUGUGCGCAGUGAUGGUAGUGAAAAUGUGUAACUCCUUUUUGGUCAGAGGUGGGAGUGAAAAGUUGCUUAAGUUUCAAGAAAGGAGCCUUGAAGCCCAUCUUGAAUCAGAUAAAAUGGACAGCUGUGUAAAAAAAAAAACAGCAGCAAGUCUUUAAAUCUGGGUGGUGUUUUCUAUUACUUUGUAAAGUAAUGUUUGUAUAUGUAUAUAUGUGUAUAUAAAAAUUGUGUGUGUGUGUGUGGAAAAA